AUGUUAUCUGGCACUGCGAUAAGAAAUUCUAAUCUCUCUUCAUCAUCUACUACCACUGCUAGGGUUGCUACUGAUACUACUGCAACUACUACUAUUCAUCCUCAAUAUAGAAAUACAACUAAACAUCCAAAUAUCUUAAUUCCUCAGCAAUUGAAUGCUAUCUUACAAUCCAAUAAAUUUGUAAAGGCUCAUUUCUCAAGUUUAGGAUUUGACUUGUUAAGAUUAGAAUCAUACAGAAGAUUUAAACAUUUAUUAUUUGUUGGAGGUGGUAGUAUAAUAAAAGAAGUUGUUUAUGAUAUAACGUCAUUUAUUAGAAAGGAAUUGACUGAUUCUACCAGUGAGUCAUCUAAGAAAUUAAAGGACUUUUUAAAUUCUAAUGAAUCACUCUUAGUUAAUGCAGAUCCAUUUAUAUCAUCUGAUCAUCAUUUACAAUUAAGGCAUUGGUUAUACAUAAUAUUUGGUUAUUUAUCUCAAUCAUAUAAUGAGAAAGAAGUAGAGAAAUUCUUAGAUAAAAUAAUCGAUAUUUAUAUGGAAACAAGAAAUAAAAUAAUUCAUAUUCCAAAGAUUUCUGAUAAACAAGAUGCUUUAGCAUUAUCUUUAUUAAAAGAAUAUUUUCAACAUGUCAAUAUUGAUUAUAAUUUAUUAUAUAAUAAUAAAGAAAAACCAUAUAUAACAUUUCAUGAAGCAACAUCUGAUAGGAUCAUGUUACCAGCCUUACCAAAAAUUCAUGAUAAAGAAUUAUUAGCUAAAGCUUUAAUGCAUAGAGAAUAUUAUAGAUUAUUAUUGGUUCCUAACCAUGAAUUUGCAAAGAAAUUGAUAGAGCAUGGAUAUUCUAAUUUAGAUCAUAAGCAAUAUAGAAUAUUGAAAUAUGAAUUAUCAUUUUUAGAUGGAUUAGGUGAUUUAUUUUUAGCUCAUGAAACAACUAGAUUGAUUUAUGAACUCUGUAAAGAUGGAAAUAAAGUAGUAAAUAAUAAUACCUAUCAAUUAUUAAGAAUUAUGAUGGCAACCAAUACACUUUUAUCAAAAUUAACUAUAGCAUAUAACUUACAUAUUGGAUUAGGAGAUGAAAUAAUUCAAAAUAUAAUAAGGAAAGAAUAUCUUCCUUAUUUAUUUACUGGUACAUUACAUCCUGAAAGGGAUAUAUCAGAGACCAGAAUUUAUGAAGAAGAAUUCUUAGGAGAUUAUUUUGAAAGUUAUAUGGCAGCUUUAUUAAUUGAACAACCAGAAGUUGCAGAAAAGUUUAUUGGUGAUAUUUAUAAUGAAAUAUUAAGGGCAAUUACUUCGGUAUUACCUCCUGAUAUAACUUAUAAAUCAUGGACAACAAAUAUUAUAGGCAGAAGUCUUUAUCAUAAGCGUUAA